CCGCUCGCUCUGCAAGAUGGCGGCAGCAGCCGAGCGCGGCGCGGAGCUGCCCGCGGAGCCACCGCGGGGGGUUCGGCCGCCGCUGGCCCCCGAGGAGGUGGCGAAGCGCUUGGAGAGCACCCGGCGGGAGCUGAGCAACAGGCGCAAGAUCCUGCUGAGGAACCUGCCGGCCGAGAGCAGCAGCCAGGAAAUCCAUGACUUAUUUAAAGAUUAUGAAAUCAAGUAUUGUUACGUGGACAGAACUAAAAGAACAGCAUUCAUCACUCUGCUGAAUGGAGAGCAGGCACAAAACGCCAUUGGGAAGUAUCACCAGUAUUCUCUUUGGGGAAAAGAGAUAUCAGUGCAACUGCAGCCGACAGAUGCUUUGCUGUGCAUUACCAAUUUACCCACUUCGUUUACCUUGGAAGAGUGUGAAGAACUUGUGCGUGCCUAUGGCAAUGUUGAGAGGUGUUUCUUGGUCUAUAACGAAGUUACUGGCCAUUCCAAGGGCUACGGCUUUGUGGAAUACAUGAAGAAGGACUCCGCUGCCAAGGCCAGGCUGGAACUUCUGGGGAAGCAGUUGGAGGAGAGCACUCUCUUUGCACAGUGGAUGGACGUGAACCAGCUCACCCCAAAUCUUAUUCACUCUAAGUGCCUUUGUGUGGAGAAAUUUCAGAAAGACUGUGCUGACUCCAAAGAACUGAUCCAAGCUUUCUCCCUGAAGUAUAAACCUGUGUUCUGCCAGCGUUCGUCACUCUGCUGAAUGGAGAGCAGGCACAAAACGCCAUUGGGAAGUAUCACCAGUAUUCUCUUCGGGGAAAAGAGAUAUCAGUGCAACUGCAGCCGACAGAUGCUUUGCUGUGCAUUACCAAUUUACCCACUUCGUUUACCUUG